AUUUGUUAUUUUCGAUGAAUUUUUACGUAUAUUUAGACACGCAUACGCAUGCGCGCACCUGCGCACGCAUGCAUACACACACUCGCGCGAGCGCCCAUGCACGCGCACACAUACACACAGACACACUCUCCUUCAAAAAAAUGCUCGCAUGAUACGUAAUAAUAUGAUAUAAAUAUAUUUACACAUACAUAUACACACGUGUGUAUACAUACCUUGUAAGUAAUUUAGAAAAUGUUGUAUUAUCUUUGUUGAACAUUUAAUAGAUAUUCUUUAUGGCAUAAUAAUUUUACAUGAUGAUCUUGAAUUGUUUUGCAAACGAACGAUUGUUGCGUUAUAUUGAAGUAGAUAAUCGAUUUUCGAGUCGAUUUAUCGAUUUAUCGACUCGAGACAAUGGCGGCGAUGAACGAACUCGGAUCGCGAGAGAUCGAAACCAGUCGAGUGAACUUGGUUCGUUGAUAAAUAUCCCAUUUUUCGUUCUCUUUCUUUUCGGCGUAAUCGAGGACAAAAUUAUCGGUGAAAAAUUAUCUCUUAGGUUCUUAAAAAACGGGAAAAAAAUGCGGGAAAUUGUGCACGUGCAGAUAGGUCAAUGUGGAAACGGGAUUGGCGCAAAGUUUUGGGAGGUGAUCGCGGACGAGCAUGGUCUGACUCCGGACGGAAUUUUUCAAGGGGAAUCCAAUCUUCAAUCGCAACGAUUAAACGUAUAUUUCGUCGAAGGGCGAGAUAAAAAGUACGUCCCGAGAGCUAUUCUGGUCGAUCUCGAUCCGUCAAGCGUGAACAACGUUUUGUCCGGUGCAUGGGGGAAAAUGUUCAAGCCUGACAACGUUGCCAUAGGUAAAGCUGGAACAGGGAACAAUUGGGCAAGAGGUUACUACACCGAAGGAGCGGAAUUGGUCAGCAUCGCGUUGGAUCUGAUUCGCACGGAGGCCGAAGCCUGUGAUCUGAUUCAAGGAAUUCAACUCGUUCACUCGUUGGGCGGCGGAAGCGGCGGCGGGAUGACCUCGUUGCUAAUGACCAAACUCAAGGAGGAAUAUCCGGAGACGAUCAUCAAAUCUUAUUGCGUGAUACCGUACUCGUCGAUGCCGACCGUGGUGGUGGAGCCGUACAACGCAAUAUUGACACUCGUCAAAGCGAUCGAUUGCACCGAUCAAACGUUUUGCGUGGACAAUCAAGCGAUGCACCACAUCUGCACCAACGUUCUAAAGCUCACCACGCCAACCUUCACCGACACGAAUCGUUUAAUAUCCAAUUACAUGUCUGGCAUCACGACCUGCUUCAGAUUUCCCGGCCAAUUAAAUACCGAUCUGAGAAAGUUAUUGGUCAACUUGGUACCAUUCCCGAGGCUUCACUUCUUCAUUCCCGGCUACGCGCCCCUAUACUCCCGAAGCUCUGCCCCCUACAUAAAAGUAGACGUUCCAGAAUUGACCAAGCAGUUGUUCCACGCGAACAGCAUGUUCGUUUACUGCGACCCGACCAAGGCCAAGUUUCUCACCGUGGCCGUCAUAUUCAGAGGCAGGAUGUCGACCAAGUUCGUGGACGAGCAAAUGUUGAAUAUACGAAGCAAAAACAGCCCGCAUUUCAUCGAAUGGAUACCGAACAACAUACAAACCGCGAUAUGCGAUAUCCCCCCUCGAGGAAUCAAUAUGAGCGCCAGCAUGAUAUCGAACUCGACGGCGAUACAGAAGCCUAUCAAAAGGCUAAUGUUCGCGUUUGAUAAUAUGUUGAAGAAACGUGCGUAUCUCCAUUGGUAUACGAACGAAGGAAUGGACGAAAGCGAGUUUACCGAAUCUUAUUCCACUAUGUACGAUCUGUUAUUCGAGUAUCAACAACACCAGGAAGCGGUUCCCGAUACUGACAUCAUUGACGAGUCGAUGGAAUACGAGGAGGAAUGAUCGAACGAGUUUAUCAUUGGGGGGGGAGAGAGAGGGGGGAGGGGGGAAUAGCAGAAGAGAAAAAGAGACAAAUGAUUGAAAAAAAACGUAUAUUUUUUGCAAGGAACAA